AUUGGCCAACACACACUGUGAGGGGAGGGGCAGAAGCCAGAAAGGUGUGUGAGUCCUGGAACUGACCUGAGCCACAGAGGAAGCAGGAGUGGGUUUCAUGGGAAGAGACUAGAGCACACACAGGAGGGUGCUUCCUGCAGUGGACCUACAGUGUGUGAAUCCACUGGACACAGGAGUUUCUGGCCUUUUGUUCACUCAGUGUCAUGGGUCAGCUGUUCUCUGGCACAUCUAGGAGGGAAGCCUUGUGCUCUAGCUUCACUGGAUAUUUUCAGAAGUUUAAGGCAGAAAACAAAAUCAUUUCUCAGGAAACCAUCACGUCAGUUGAGUUAUACCUGACACUAGGAGACCUUCAGCAAGUAAAUGAUACAAUUACUUAUGCAUUAAGAGAACUUGCUAGUGCCCCACUCAAUGUCGCUGUGAUAGGAGAGUCUGGAACGGGCAAGUCCAGUUUCAUCAAUGUCUUCAGGGGGGUUGGACAUGAAGAGGAAACUGCAGCUCCAGUUGGGGUAGUGGAGACAACCAUGAGGAGAACUCCAUACAGACACCCCAACAUUCCAAAUGUGGUUAUUUGGGACCUGCCUGGUAUUGGAACGACAAAUUUCCCACCGAAAGAUUAUCUGGAGAAAGUAAAGUUCUGUGAGUAUGACUUCUUCAUUAUUAUUUCGGCCACACGCUUUAGGAAAAAUGAUAUAGACCUCGCCAAAGCAGUCAGCAUCAUGAAGAAGGAUUUCUACUUUGUGAGAACUAAGGUGGACAUAGAUCUAGAAAAUGAAAAGCAAUGCAAAGACACCUUUGGCAGAGAAGCCUUCCUGCAGCAUAUCCGAAGCCAUUGUGUGAAUAUGUUUAAGAAGAAUGACCUUGAUGUGCCACCAAUCUUCCUGAUCUCAAACAAAAAUGUUUCUGACUAUGAUUUCCCAAUCCUGAAGGUCAUGCUGAAAAACAAACUGUCUACUCACACACAUCGGAAUAUUAUGUUUUCCUUGCCUAAUAUUACGGAGGCAGUCAUUGAAAGAAAAUGCAACUCUAUACAGCAGUUUAUCUGGCUAGAAGCCUUCAAAGAUGGAGUUUUGACGUCUAUUCCUGCAGUGGGCAUCCUCAAGGACAGUGAUGUGGAGAAGUUAAAGACUAGUUUAAACCACUAUCGAGUUCUCUUGGGAGUAGAUGAUGCAACCCUGGAGUUCAUGGCAAAGGAUUCCCAAGUGCCUGUUGAACAACUGAAAAAAAUCACUAAAUCUCCUUAUUUGUUGGAAACUAAGAACAGAAAAACAUUAGAAGGAAUGUUUGUAAAAUAUAUAGAGAAAUCUGUUUCAGCCAAUGAUCGGCUCCUGGCAACAGGUCUUUACUUUAGGAAAGCCUUUUACUUACAACUUCUUCUCCUUGACACAGUGGCUGAAGAUGCCAAAGUUCUCCUUAGAAAGACACACUCAAGAAACUAGUUCAGACUAGUUUAGGCCAAGCUUAGAGGUGAACACUUUAACCCCAGGACUCCACUCAGGAGGCAGAGGCAGGCACAUGUGUGUGAGUUUGAACCACCCUAGUUAGUCUACAUUCCGAAUUCCUGCUAGAGCUACAUGGUGAGAACCUACCUCAAAAAACAAAGACAAUAAAAAAAAAAACAUAUAAGUUCAAAUUCAAGUCACACACAGCCACUGACCAUAACCAUGUCUAACAGUUAACACUAGAGUCAUUAUCCAAUCUCCUAACCGCAUGAGAUACCUGAAGAUAAUGCUCAAGGGCCUGAAUUAUAGCAGAAUCCUCUUACUAACUCAUAUUCUCUCUCAUACCUCCCUUUCUGACUCCCAAAUACACACACAGACACACACACAGACACACACACACACACAAACACACA